AACCGUUAAGAUUGUUUAAUAAAAGAUUGUUUAAGUUCUUUACCUAAAUCUUUGAUUAUACACAACAAUCAAUAAGGACCCGGACACCCAAAGGGAUCUCAAGCCUUUACAAGCCAAGCAAUCCUCGAUACCCACAAGAAUAAAAACCUCUGACAGGCUUCCCCCAAAAACAUGGCAGAGCACAAAUCCAUGGGAAAGGGAUUACGAAUUGAAAAAGAAAAAUCCCAAGUCAAGCAAAAUGAUGUAUGUUUGUUUAUAAAAUCUGUCUGACAGGCAUAUUUCCCAACAGACAAGACAUUUCAGGAGGAGGCGAUAUCUGUAACGGGUGAAGAAAUGACUGGCGUUAAAGCUGAAUUGGGUGGUUGGAUUCGUCUGAAGAUCGUCGAUCCACUUGUUGUUAUACUCAAAAGGGGUGUAGAGCCAAAGCAGUUAGCUCUGUCAGCAGCACUUGGCCUUACCUUGGGCAUAUUUCCCAUUUGUGGAGUAACUGUGCUACUAUGCGGGAUCGCUGCAACGUUGCUUGGGUCCGCUAUUCAGGCACCUACCCUGAUGCUUGCCAACCUUAUUGCCACGCCCAUAGAAUUAAGUUUGGUCAUACCCUUCUUGCGUGUUGGUGAAGUUAUUACUGGCGGAGCCCAUUUGCCCUUGACUUCAGAUGCCCUCAAAAAGCUCAUCACUGGUCAGGCUUCCCACGAAGUUCUUCUUGGAGUCAUGCAUGCGCUGAUUGGCUGGCUAGUGACAGCACCCUUCAUUCUCAUGGUGCUCUAUAUUCUUUUCAUUCCUAUCUUUAAAUUCUCUGUUCAUAAAUUCUCUCAUCAUCCAGCAAGUCCAAAGAAGACGCAUCAACCUCACCCAGAGGCCAAGAUCAAGGUCAGAAAUGUCUAGUUUCAAGUUGUGAGUAAGAAGUAGUAGGAAUGAACAUAUCCUAGCUGAUCUGAGUUCUUGGUCAAAUGUUGUGCAUGGAUCAUGGUAGUUCUAGUUCUCUUGUACAAAGCUUCUUAACAUAAAAUAACAAGCUUCCGUCCCUGACAAACUUGAUAGCAUCUCUCUUGGCUCCAGAAAACCUAAUUGAUAAUUCCAUAUAAGUGUACUUAACUUACUCAAAACCGUAGCAUGUUGUAUUGGUAUUUAUUUGAGAGGAACGAUGUUGAAACUUGAGCACUUCUCAUAAGUCACCCAAUUGAAUUGCAUUAUAGCCAUGAUUGGUUCUUGGAAA